AUGUGCUCACAGAUUUCUUGGUUCAUUUCUCUAUUGCUAGCUCUUACGGGAUUUGGAUCAACAACAACUUUCUCUGUCGACAUCCCAGCAGGUUCUUCUGUGAACGUUUCCGAUGUGAUCGAUCCGAGCUUUUGUGGCUUCGCCUUCGAGGAAGCGUCUUUUGUUCGGUAUGCCCAAGAUGACAACGGCGACGCUAACACCUUUUCUAUAAACCUGAUCAAGGCUGUUACCUCGCGAACGGGCGGGGAUCCAAUCAUCCGGCUUGGUGGGACAUCUCCCGACUAUGGGAGAUACCUGCCAGGACAGGAGGAACCUGCGCUGCCUGUUGCUGAGCAGGACAAUUACCAGAACAUCGGGUACACGACCAUCGGACCCUCCUACUGGAACCUAGCUCAGAAUUUCCCAGGAGCCAAGUACAUGGUCCAGGUCCCGUUAGCGACAACGAAUAUCAGCGAGACCAUUGCUUGGGCCCAAUCCGCUGUGGAGGGUAUCGGCAUAGAUAAUAUUCAUUCAAUCCAGCCGGGUAAUGAGGCGGAUCUGUACUCUGCCGAUUUCACGGGGGAAGGAGGAGUAGUGCUGGGUCCACCAGAAUACCAGGGCUACCUCUCGAACGAGUCUUACGUUGGCAACUGGACGGAGUACGCAGAUGCGGUAUUAGGGGCUGUGGACUUGCCUGAAGGCCGUUUCUUCACGGCUUUCGACGUCUCAACCCACUUCGGCGACGUAGUGCAGGAAGAGGCAUAUAUUUUGGACGUGGAGACGUGUUUCAAUCUGGGUAUCGACAAUAAGAGCAUCAUCAAAGAAGUUUCGCAUCAUUACUAUCAACAAAACGCCGGGACUGCCGAUGACCUGGCCGCCGGGCUCAUGGACACAAGCGUUACAUAUAACCACCUUGACCAGUUCAAGCGUCAGAUCUCAUGGCUGAAGGACAAUCGCCCUGAAAUUCCCUUCAUCCUCAAUGAGGUUGGCAACUCCCUAGAUGCGACCAAUUCGUACGAGUUUCAAGCCCGCCUUGGCAGUGCGCUUUGGCAAGUCGACUUCUAUCUGUAUAGCAUGGCGAUCGGCAUCGCGCGAAUCAAUUACCAACAAAUCAUGCACGCAGGAUACGACUUAUGGUUACCAGUGGCAAGCGCCGGCUAUGAUGCGCAAGUAUUUUCUAACUUCUAUUCGCAACCGUUCGUGGCAGACUUCAUCGGGUCCUCGAAUAAGACGCAAGUUGCCAAGCUAGAUAUUUCUGGUAGCAAUCCUCCCGCGAAUGUGGCCGUUUACGGAGCCUACGAGGACAGUGUAGCAAAGAGGAUAGCUAUCACCAACCUGAACUAUUGGAAUAAGACGUCUUCCGGCACGGAUAGACCCAGUGUCACCCUUGACCUGUCAGUCCCAGAUGGUGUUGAAUCCGUUGAGGUCUACCACCUGAACAGUCCUCUAGGCGCAGGUGCUGCAGCAGAUAAUAUCACAUACGCAGGCAGUCAGUGGACCUAUGAAAGUCUCGGCGAAGAAGUCCAAAAUGUCAGUGCUGACACAGAAAAUAUUACUGUCAGUGACGGGGUCGCGAGCGUCACGGUUCAGCAUAGUGAGGCAGUACUCGUUUGGCUAUAG